AGCGAUUGUAUUGAACUAGUAUCCCACGUGUUUACUCCAUCAACAUAAAAUAUGGAGUACUGGAAUUAUAGUAGACUUAUAGUAUAUAUAAGGUGUUAAUUUUUUCAUCAUGAAUACUCCAAUAUUGACAAAACAACAACAAAAACAUAGUCUGUCAGCAAAGAAAACAUCAGCCAAGGGAUUACGAAAUGUUUUAGCCCAACCCCAAGAUAGUUACUGGCCAAGUGUAAGUACAGAUAAAUAUCCAGAUUUGGAAAGUCUUUUAACAAAUUUGACAACAGCAAUAAAACGUACACAUCAUGAUCUUCCGUGGUCAAAGUUGAGACACAUGAAGAAAGAAGAACGUGCACUGGCUAAGAAGGAGGCACUUUCAAAGGAAGGAAAUGUGCUAAAUACAGAGAUAAUAAAUUCUGUUAUCUUGGGUUUGAAUGCAAUUACAAGGUCUUUAGAAAAAAGUAAUGUUUGUUGUGUCUUAAUGGAUGCCCAUAUUGAGCCACAGUUUUUAAUAAGACAUAUUAUCAUUAUGGCACAAAAUAAAAAAGUACCAAUAUUACUACUACCUAACUUAAAAACUAUUACCUUAAAUUCCAUUGGAUUUGCAUCUGCUGCAUUUGCCCUCAAGAAUAUUGUGAUGGUAUCUCCUGAUCAUCAUUUUUAUCCACUGUAUUCAAAAAUACAUGAUAUCUCCAAGGAUAUUCCUUUGCCAAAGAAUUCACUUCAAUUAUUUAAGGAUGAGGAAACUUUAGAAGAAUCCACAUUGAAUACAGAAGAUAAAAUAAGUAUUGAAAAUGUUUCACAGACUGAGUCUUCAGAACCAAUUAAAUUUAUACUAUCCACAAAUGUAUAUAAAUAUAGAUCUUCAUGUAAGCAAAGAGCAUUCAUUCCACUUAAUGCUGCAAGAGGAAGUUCAAACGAACCUGUUGUAGACAAAGUAGAGCAGAAUGAUUUUAUUUCUUUAAGUAAUUAUAACAGUGAUGAAUAUGAUGCAAGCAUUAGGAAAAAUACAAGAUACAUAAACAUACAUAAAGAUAAAUAUAGAAAUAAAAGAGAUUACUCCAAAGUAAACAAAACAUCUACAAAUGUUACAUAUUUACCAUUGAAAGUGAAACGUUUGCAAGGUAAUAAUAAUCGUGUAAAAGCUACCAAAGCAUCAGUAAAACAGAAAAAAAGAUAAUACAGAAA